AUGAAAGAAAAACCCAAAACAGGAUUAUCUGCUCCAUCAAAAGAUUUAAAUUUAAAAGAAGAAAUAUUAUUAGAAAAUUAUUCUGUUACCGAGGAUAAUAAUAAAAAUAAUGUUAUUGAACAAAUAAUGGAAAAUGUGAAUAAAAAAUAUGAUAAUUUAACUGUAAAAGCAAAAUAUUUAUUACACAAUCUAACACAAAUAAAAGAUCAUGUACAACAAUUUGAAACGCAAUUAUCAGUGUGUUAUAAUUUCAUCGAAAAAAUCUAUGGAAAUGUUCGAGUAAUUGUUGUUGAUAAACAAUUACUACGACAAAAUGUAACACAAGAACAACAACUACAGAAUGAUGUAGAGAUUCAACGACAAGAAAUACGAAAUCUUGAAUCAUAUAUGUUACCGUUACGUCAACGUUUAAGUAGUAAAGAACGUUUAUUAAAACAAAUCGAAUUGAAAUUUGAUGACGUCAAACGAAAAUUAUUAAAAAAACAAGAACAAGGUAACGAUAUUGGAAUAAAACUAAAUCAAUUUGGAAUAUGGUUAAACGAACAAAUUCUUGAUUAUGAUUAA